AUGGAGCGCAUGGCCGCAGAACACCUCCGCUUUGCAACCGCUCUGCAACAAGUCACCGAAGCUUCCACAGACACAUAUGCCGUCGACACUAACGAGAUUCCCAUGCUGAAUGAAGGCUUAUAUUCCACCGCAAGGCAUCUGGAACAGUCGCGGAGUCUAUUAGAAGACGAGGCCAAGGGCUGGGAAGAAGGCGUGCUAGAGGACCUGAAGCGCCAGCGCGACACGCUAGUAAGCAUGCGCGACCUCUUCGACCGAAGAGACAAGUACGCAAAAGACAACAUCCCGUACCUGGAGAAGCGGAUAUCGAACAACGAGCAGAAGCUGCAGGGUAUCAGGAGUAAAGCCCCGGAGCUGAUCAAGCCGGGCGAGGCGGAGAAGGUGGAGGAUGCGAUCUUCAGGGUACGUUGGUUCUAUCUCUCAAACAUAUGUUUCCAUGCUGACUUCGAUGUUCAGGAUAAGGAAAGCAUCGUCCAACAACACGCGCGCGGUGUUUUCAUCAAAGAGUGCGUCCGCGACGAGCUUUUGUACUUCCAGCAGAGCCAGUACCACAUCAGCCGGCUGCAUCAGGAUUGGAGUCAGGAGCGUGUAAAGUACGCUGAGCUUCAGGCCGAGAAUUGGAGGACAUUGAGCGAGGAGGUCGAGGGUAUGCCUACCGGCGAGUAG